UUGUUAUUAUCAUUAUUAUCAUUAUUUAUAUUUAUCUAUAUUGUGUUAUGUUUUGAUAGUAGUUAGUUAGUUAUGCCCCGUCGGUCGUGACGUGUGGUCAUGUAGAAUUGUAGUGAAAGUGUUAUGUGUACCUUCUCUUAAAUAAAGAUUAAUGAGGAUUAAGAACAGUGUUGUUAAUAUUCAGAAGUGGGAUGAACAAACGAGCAAUUAAUGAACGACGAUUUAAGAACAAAUAUGCCGAACAACGAACAUAACGUCCAUAAAGAUCAAUCGAGUUCACAAGAGUCAUGUGCUUUGUACAACGAAAAGCUGGAUAUAGGAAGUACUCAUAACCUACAAAAAUCACAAAAUGAAGAACCGAACAAAAUCGCCGACCACAAUUAUGCCGCCAAAAGUAACAACCAAACACCCAAGGAUAAAACAGUGUUACCAACCCAGUCCGUAAUUGCUAGCGGUUUAGAUCCGAUGAUAAAGGCACUACUGGAACAGAAUCAAGCAUUGAUAAACGGUUUGCUUACAAACGAGAGAUAUCGAGAUCGGUCGUCGACACCGUCGGAAAGUUCGGAGUAUCUCGUUAUGCCAAAUUUCCUCAACACGUUACCGGAAUUUGAUGGUCGAGGUAAUAGUCAAACCGCAGAAGAUUGGUUGGCAGCUAUCGAAGGUGUCGCGAAGUUACAUCGAUGGCCAGACGCGUUCAGAAUUGAAACUGCGCGUUCGCGAAUGAUCGGACCAGCGAACAAUUGGUUUACCGGUAGGAAAUUUACAAAUUGGGACGAAUUCAUAAUUCAGUUUAAACAUACAUUUGUCGGUUCGAAACUGAAUGUAGUCGAACGUAUGAAAAACAUGCUGAAUCAUGUACAAGGUGAAUCGGAAAUGGUAGCCGAUUAUUUUCACCAUAAAGCUAGAUUAUGUCGCGAAUUAGAAUUGCCGUUUGAUGAGACGAAACAGCAGAUUGUCGCCGGCUUAAGGUCGCGAGAUUUAUGUUAUUAUUUAUUAGCUCGACAUCAUAUUGAUGAAGACAGCCUUUGUCAUGAUUUGACGUCGUUUGCUCAGAUUAAUGAUGCCCGUUCGCAGUAUUUUAAAAAAGAUAAGCCACAACGUCCAAACAGCGACAAAGUAAGUCAUGUUACGUCUGGUACAAUAAAGUCUCAAACGCCUACCGUGUUUAAAGACAACAAGAAGUUUACCAAAUUACCGCCGCGCAAUGACAAAGACGAGCCACUCUGUUUCAACUGCUCAACGUAUGGGCAUGUAUCGAGAUACUGCACAAAACCAAAAAAGACGAAGUGCGAAAAAUGUGGGAAAUAUGGUCAUGAAAAAAACGCUUGUUUUACAAAUACACAAGUUGUGUCCUUAGUGAGUUUGAUACCAAACACAAUUAACGAAAAGUAUUUUUUUGAUGCCUUAGUUAACGACAAACCAGUUCAAGCAUACGUAGAUACUGGGAGUCAACUAUGUCUUAUGCGAAAAAGUGAUGCUAUAGCAAUGGGAUUAUCGAUCGAACCAAUACCAAAUACAGUUGAAGUCCGAGGCUACGGUGAGGGUAGAUUGGUACCUUUAGGCGUCGUCUCAGUGAAAUUACAAGUUGACUGCGCUACUUCUCAAGUACUAAUUUAUAUCGUAUCAGAUGACGCACAGACCAUAGCACUUAUAGUUGGGCAACCAUUCACUGAACAAUCGCACAUUGUACUAGUCAAAAGGGGAGACGUUGUACGAAUAUAUGAAGACACUAAAGAAGGAAACGAUGUAUUUGAUAUGGAUAUCCCAGAACUGCCACCUAGAGUAAUUAGUUUGUGAGCU